AGAGUUUCACAUCCACGUUGAAGGGUUUGGGGUCUGCAGCGACUCCAGGGUGAGACCAGAGUCCGUCAGAGAAAAGAGAAGAGGAGGGCACUGGUUUCAGAACCACGUUUUCUUGUCCUGCUGUGAACAUGUUGCUGCUGCCGAUGCUGCUGGUGCUGACGGCCGCGGACGAUGGCCAGGCUCAGAAAGUGUUGGGCCAGAAGAAGAAUGACUUGUGUGUUUGCGAGGUGAAUUCCACCUUGUGGUCGUUCCCCGCUGUGAAGUACGAGGCCGUGCUGGAGCAGGUUGAGACCUGUGAAGGGUCUCUGACCAACCUGCAGCAACAGGUGAAAAUCUCCAGCGAGCGUCUCCCUCAUUUCGAAACCUGGCUUAUGAAUCUGACGGACCGGCUUGAACCUUUCCAGUACCUGCACGACCGCGGCCUGUACACGGCUCUGUCCCUGAGGAUGCUGGGCGAGGAGCUCGGUAAACUGGAGACGGACAUCGGCGAAGUCCACAAACAGCUGAACAACGCCCAGACACAGAAACUCUCCAAAGAGAUGGAUAAACUACGUAAAGAUGUAAAAAGAAUGCAAAUAUCAGACACAGUGAACAUGAAGUCAGUCAGAGAGAAGCUGCGCUACCUGAAGAACAAUGUUCAGUCCUGCAAGUCAAUCCCCAAAGACUUCAAAGGUCAGAGUAGUCACUGCUUCAAAGGUCUGAUCACCAACAUCAGCGAUCCCGUCACCACUAAGGUUUGUCCUUACGGUAAGAACUACAUCUCAGGGUCGUGGGGCAAACAAGCCCAGAUGAACAGUGAGGCGCAGAAGAACAGCUACUUCGUUCAGGUCUUGCUCAGCGGCCACACCCAUGGAAACACUGUGCGUGUUUACCAAACCUACGAAGACUUCAUGGCUUCUGCAAACCACCGGGACUUCACCAUCGCCCCGUCCUACUCCGACGCUAAAGCCGUCGAGGGCCCCAGCGCCGUCCUGUACGGUGAAGCUCUGUACUAUCACUGCUACCGCUCUGCAGACGUCUGCCGCUACGACCUGAACACCAACACCGUCAAACGGGUGACGCUUCCAGGCACCGAAGUCGGCUUCAGCAACAAGUUCCCUUACUGCUACUACGACUGCCGGUCUUAUAGUGACGUGGACGUGGAGGCCGACGAGACAGGACUGUGGGCGAUCUACGCCACCGUCGGCAACCACGGUAACCUGGUGGUGAGCCGCCUAGUUUGGGACGAUGACACCGAGACUCUCAACGUGACCCAGACGUGGGAGACGAGGCUGUUCAAGAAGGCGGUGAGCAACGCCUUCAUGGUGUGCGGCGUCAUGUACGCCACUCGCUAUGUGGACCAGUACCGCGAGGAGGUGUUCUACGCCUUCGACACCGCCUCAGGCAAGGAGGACAACUGGCUAGCGCUGCCGCUGGAGAAGGUCGCUAAGGGAGUGGCCAGUCUGAGCUACAACCCCACCAACAGACAGAUCUACAUGUACAACGAUGGAUAUCUGCUGGCCUAUGAGGCCCAGUUCUGAUCUGAAGCUGUUUUUCUUCGGUGUCUAUUAUCAGUCAUGUAAAUGCAACUUAAAGACGCUAGUCAACAGCAAUGUUAGCAUGUGGCUAAUGCAAGAGCUAAAGCUAAAGAGUCAAUGAAAUACUGUAAAUAUCAAUAAAGACAAUUUAAUCACCA